AUGAGUCCGAGAGAUAUAGCUCAAAAUGAUGUUUGGUGUUCAGAGUGUGAGAGUCUUGAUGGCCACUCAUCUUCAAGUGAAGAUUCUGAACAGAGCCCACAUUGCUCUGAUGGUUCAAUUUCUGAUGAGGAAAGCUUAAUUGAAAUAACCCUUCCAAAAGGGCACUUUCUUGAUUCAGAAAAAGAUACCAAGUUAUCUUUUCAGCAUCACCAAAAGGUAUUUGCAGAUUUAGCCCAAGAAUCCAUCUUUCUGCAGCAUAGCCUAGUGGAUUACCAGCUGGGAGAUAUCAGUGACAUGAAUGAGGAAGACAAUUUAAUAGAGAUUGACAUAUCCAUGGGAUCUAUCAAGUGUUCUGAAUUUGAAAUUCAAGCAUGA